AUGGUGCGCCGGGGGCUGCUCGCCUGGGUCUCCCGGGUGGUGGUCUUGCUUGUGCUCCUCUGCUGCGUCGUCUCUGUCCUCUACAUGCUGGCCUGCACGCCAAGGGGCGAUGACGAGCAGCUGGGGCUGCCCCGGGCCAAUGGCCCCACGGGGAAGGAUGGGUACCAGGCGGCGAUGCAGGAGUGGGAAGAACGUCACCGCGACUACAUCAGCAGCCUCCAGAGGCAGAUCACACAGCUCCAGGAGGAGCUGCGGGAGAGGAGCGAGCAGCUCAGGACUGCACAGCGUCUGGCCGGGGACCCCGCGGGCCCCCCCGGGAGGGCCCAGGCCGACCUGCUGGCCUUCCUGCGUUCCCAGGUAGACAGGGCGGAGGUGCACACCGGCGUCAAGCAGGCCACCGAGUAUGCCGCUGUGCCCUUUGACAGCUUCACCCUGCACAAAGUGUACCAGCUGGAGACGGGCCUGACUCGCCACCCCGAGGAGAAGCCUGUGCGCAAGGACAAGCGGGAUGAGCUGGUGGAGGUCAUCCAGCUGGCCGUGGAGGCCCUGAACAGCCCGGCCGAAAGCAGCCCCGACCAGCGUCCUUACACGGCCUCGGACUUCAUCGAAGGGAUCUACCGCACUGAAAAGGAUAAAGGCACUUUGUAUGAGCUCACGUUCAGAGGGGACCACAAGCACGAGUUCAGACGGCUUGUCUUGUUCCGACCCUUUGGCCCCAUCAUGAAGGUGAAGAAGGAGGAUUUGAACAUGGCCGGCACACUGGUCAAUGUCAUCGUCCCACUGGCCAGGAGGGUGGACAAGUUCCGGCAGUUCAUGCAGAAUUUCAGGGAGAUGUGCAUCCAGCAGGAUGGGAGAGUUCAUCUCACCGUCGUUUACUUUGGAAAAGAAGAAAUGAAUGAGGUCAAAGGAAUACUUGAAAACACUUCCAAAGCCUCCAACUUCAGGAACUUCACCUUCAUCCAGCUGAAUGGGGAGUUCUCUCGGGGAAAGGGGCUGGAUGUGGGUGCCCGCUCCUGGACGGGGCGCAAUGUGCUGCUCUUCUUCUGCGACGUGGACAUCUACUUCACCUCCGAGCUCCUCAACACCUGCAGGCUGAACACGCAGCCAGGGAAGAAGGUAUUUUAUCCGGUCCUUUUCAGUCAGUACAAUCCUGGCAUAAUAUAUGGCCAUCAUGACUCGAUCCCUCCCUUAGAAAAGCAGCUGGUCAUAAAGAAGGAAACUGGGUUCUGGAGAGACUUCGGGUUCGGGAUGACGUGCCAGUACCGGUCCGACUUCAUCAACAUAGGUGGGUUCGACCUGGACAUCAAAGGCUGGGGUGGCGAGGACGUGCACCUUUACCGCAAGUACCUGCACAGCAACCUCAUCGUGGUGCGGACGCCCGUGCGGGGCCUCUUCCACCUCUGGCAUGAGAAGCGCUGCGUAGACGAGCUGACGCCCGAGCAGUACAAGAUGUGCAUGCAGUCCAAGGCCAUGAACGAGGCGUCCCACGGGCAGCUGGGGAUGCUGGUCUUCAGGCACGAGAUAGAGGCCCACCUCCGUAAACAGAAACAGGAGACAAGGAGCCAGAAAACAUGA